AUGUCGAGUACAACAACGACAUACACGUUGGACAUUACCCUUGAAAAUUCAUUAGAUUACCUAAUAGAUCAAAGCUGGAAUAAAUGUGUUGGAAACAAAGACGAGAUUUCAUUGGCGCAAAUUACUAUUCUCAUUAAAGAGAUAGAAACGUUAUUGAAAAUUGAUUCAUUGUUCACAGCAACGGAGCAGAAAAUCAUAAGUCAAUUUCUAGAUGAGAACUCUAGCUUGAAAGCUAGCAAAUCAUAUGUGAAACAAUUUAUUUUGACUCUGAUUAGCCCUGAAUCAUUUGCAAGUUUACUACGAAAUAGAUUCGGGUUAUCUAAUGAAGUCAUCAAAGCUAGGGUAAAUGGGUCAAGAUAUUCCAGUAAUAACACAUUCCACAUUUGGAAAAAGUAUCAAAGUACAGCCGAGUCGAAAGCAAAGUCAAUUAAAGAUGAAGAAAUUGAAAAGUUGAAGAAGGAAAUUGCAAACUUGAAGCAAACCAAUAAUGAAAAAGAAAUCAAGUUGGGAAUAUCGAAGCGAGAGAUUGAUCGAUUGAAGACGCGAAUAGAAGAUCUCACUACAUUUUACAAAAACAAAGGAGAUGGUGAAAGGAUUUUGGUUGCUCAAUUGGCUGAUAAAAGUGCUGGUUUGAUAGAACUGACCCAACUAUGUAAAAAAUACAAAGAUGCAUGUGUCGAAUAUAAGCAACGGGAGAAGGAAACGGCGUUAGCUUUUAAGACUUUGGAACGGGAAAUUAUGAGACAGAAUGAAACGAUACAGUCUUUGCAAAGCCAACUACCUAUUGAAGAUAAUUCAAACCUGAUCAAAGACUUUUUCAGAAACUUGCCCAUCUUUAAACAGAGUUAUUUGCUUUUGAAGUAUAAAUACGAUUUGAAGGAUAAGCGAGUAUUGGUGAUGUCCAUCACUAGUAUCAUUUGUUUGUUUUUGCUUAUGGUAAACUUAGUCCAAGUGGUAUAUAUAUUACUUUCAAUAAUGCUUGCGUCAAUUGGCAAGGAUUCGGGAAUCGUUUAUGAGGAUAAUAUGAUACGAUCGCCAGGAUUGAUUGAUUUGUUGAGUACCAUACCAUCGAUAGAAAAGUUUGUUUAUGAUUAUAUAGAUUGGUGA